GCAACGACUCUUCAGGAGCAUCGUUGGAAUUCGUUUACGCAGCAUCGCAGUAAAAGGCGCCUUUUAAGCGAAGGCUCCAAUUUGAUUGCUAUAUCAGAGUAUAUAACGUACAUUCAUACCUCUCACACUCCGCCAGCUACACCACCCGCCCAUCAUGGCCGAAAUCCAGAUCAAGCUUCAGGCGUUAUCAGACGACUACCAGAAGUUACAGCAGGGUACAUAUCGUCCUUGGUAGCCUUAAGAGUAUUUUAAAUCUCUAACUCGAGUAUAGAGAUGCAAACGAUUGUUGCAUCGAGACAGAAGCUCGAGAGCCAGAGCCAGGAGAACGCUGGUGUGCAAAAGGAAUUCGAGAGAAUUGGCGAUGAUGAGACUAUCUACAAAAUGGUUGGGCCAGUUCUUUUGAAGCAGGACAAGUUUGAGGCCGAAAACACCGUCAAGGGACGUCUGGAUUUCAUCGCCAACGAGAUCACAAGACUAGAGGACCAGAUCCAGGAGACACAGACCAAGAUUGAGAAGAAGCGCACAGAGAUUAUCCAGUUGCAAACAUCGGCGCAGGCUCAACAGGGUGCCUAGCCCCAAUAGGAGAUUGAGGCUACUGAGUAUGGAGGCGUUCUACAAAAGUAAUGAAUUUAUACAUGUCCAAUUUAAUAGAGUGGUUGUCUCUAGCAAUUAGACGUUGGGGGCGUGAAAAUAGGCAGCAAUAUUGAGAAUGGUCUGGGCCGGGUCACAAGCCAAGUCUGGCAGCUACGCAUGUUCGGUAUUCUGUCUAAACAGAGGCUCACCUAAGUUUAAUAGGCACAUGCCAUAUAUAUACUAAGUAUAUAAAUUUAUAGGUAUUUUCUAAAAUAUUU